AUGGUAGUAAAGCCGCGCACCGAUCGUCCUAUCGCCAUAAUCGGCGCAGGAGUCAUGGGCCGGCGUAUUGCCUGUGUUUUCGUGGCAGCCGGAUACAAUCUGCAUAUCUACGAUAUUGCGGCCAAAGUGGUCGACUCGGCAGUGUUGUUCGUUGACGCGCACAAAGAGGAAUUCUCCUUGAUGCCACGGAUCAGCAAGGAGAAAGAGGAAAUCGGCGGUGUGGAGAAUGAGAACGAUACAAAGAGAGAAACCCAAACGGCAAUCACCAAGAUCGAUCUGGAAUCCUACAAGCAGGCUCCAUUCGGUUCUUGUAAUACAUUUACCGAGCUUGAGCCGGCGGUGCGUGAUAUUUGGCUCGUUGUGGAAGUUGUGCCAGAAAAGCUGGAGCUCAAGAGAGAGAUAUUGGCGGAGCUUGAUGCUAAGACGCCGUCGGAUUGCGUUUUUGCGUCGAAUAGCUCGUCGUUUAAAUCUAGUUUGCUGAGCUCGAAGGUCUCGCCGGAGCGGAGGAAGAAGGUUCUCAAUGUUCAUUUCACGAUGCCGCCUUCUAUUCGGACUGUGGAGCUUAUGACCAAUGGUGAGACUGAUCCGAAAAUAGUGACUUACUUGGAAGAUGUGCUAGGGGAGUGUGGUAUGUUGCCAGUAACUGCUCGUCGUGAAUCAACCGGAUUCGUCUUCAAUCGGCUCUGGGCCGCCGUCAAACGCGAAAUUGUCCAAAUCCUCUCCGAAGGCGUCAGCGACCCCAGCGAAAUCGAUCUACUCUGGGAACACAUGUUCAAAAACGGACCGUUGCCCUGCCAGCUCAUGGAUCAGAUUGGUCUUGACAAGGUCGCCUUUACCGAAGAGACCUAUGUAAAUGAGCGUGGCUUGGACAGCGAAGGAACAAUUGACUGGCUUCAGAAAGAAUACAUCGACCAAGGUAGACUGGGAAGAAAGAGUGAGAAAGGCGGCCUAUAUCCACCACUUACGCGGUCCGCAACACACAAGACGACACCAUCGAAUCCACAAUCUGCGGCUAAGGAUAUCUACGUAUUGGACGUAGGACUUGGCUCUAACUCAAGGGACGUGUCUCAAGUUCAUCACAAUGGAAAGAUAUUGCGUUGGAACCUGGCAACACAGAGAUUGACUCCUGUUAUGGUUGGGCAAAAUCUGCCCGAUGGAAUCGACGUCUCUCUCAGCACACAACGAAUCUUCUGGACAAAUAUGGGCCGCAGCACUGCCGCCAAAGAUGGAACUGUCUGGUCGGCGAAUAUCGAUGGAAGCUAUAUUAGUUGCCUUGUACCACAGGGCCAAGUGCAUACCCCGAAGCAGAUCGCAGCGCUUGACGCUCGGCAGGAGGUAUACUUCUGUGACAGGGAGGGCACUAGCGUACACCGUUGUAAAUUCGACGGAAGCAACCACGAUAUCCUCAUGCAGCGGCACGUGGACAAAGAAGCGUCGCUGCUUGAGCAGAUGCGGUCGUGGUGUGUUGGCAUUGCGAUCGACUAUGAAAACGCCUUGAUGUAUUGGACACAAAAGGGUCCCAGCAAGGGUGGCCGGGGCCGAAUUUUUCGCGCUGGAAUUGACAUUCCACCUGGAGAUACGGCAGACAAUCGUUCAGAUAUCCAGAUGAUGUGGGAAGAUUUACCAGAACCUAUCGAUAUUGAGAUCGAUAGUGAGACGCAGACUCUAUACUGGACGGACCGGGGCGAGCACCCCCUGGGCUGUGCGCUGUAUUGUUCUUAUGUGGGAGGAGAGAAGAUGGAUUUUCUCCAGAAAGUGAUUGUGGCGCGGCAUUUCCAUGAGCCGAUUGGGUUGAAGCUGGAUAAAGUGCAUGACAUUGUGUACGUUGCCGAUCUGGGUGGCAGCUUGUAUACGGUUUCGUUGGAUGAUGGGUUAAAGGUUGAGUUGAUUCGCAAUAACGGAUGCUACACAGGGAUCACCUUGGUUUGA